GGAUGGCGACUCGGCACCCUGGUAUUAGGGCUGGGAAUGGCCAUUUUCCUUGUCGCGAUUGACACAACCAUUGUCUCGACCGCGAUUCCCAGCAUCUCCCAGGAAUUUGGGUCUGUGGCCAGCGACGGCUGGUACGGGUCGGCCUUUUUCCUGACCAAUGCGGUCACUCAGGCUCCCUGGGGCACCAUCUACCAGUUCACAUUCACGCGGCUCAAACCCAGCUUCCAAGGUGCGAUGAUCCUGUUCGAAGCGGGAUCUCUCAUCUGUGCGCUGGCCCACAAUCCUGCCACGCUCACCGUGGGACGCGCGGUGGCGGGGAUUGGGGCGGCGGGGGUCUCGUCGGGAGCCUACACCAUCCUCGCCGUGACCGCGCCCCCGCAUUGGCGCUCCGUUCUCACCGCCGUCUUCGGCAUCAGCUAUGCGGUCGCCAGCUUCGUCGGUCCCCUCAUCGGUGGCGUCCUGACCUCCAGCGUCACCUGGCGGUGGUGUUUCUGGAUCAACCUGCCCAUCGGCGGGGUGACAAUGGCUACGGUGGCCGUGGUCUGGCAGCAGACCCCGUCGCCACCCUCCGCCGCAGCAACAACAUCAUGGAAGACAAUCGGCAAAUUGAUCGAUCUCCCCGGAAUAGUCCUCCUCACCGGGUCACUGACCUGCUAUCUUCUCGCACUCGAAUGGGGCGGGGUGACCAAGCCGUGGAACGACCAGGCCGUCAUUGGAACCCUGGUCGGCAGCGGGAUGUUAGGGCUUCUCUUCAUCGCGCAGCAGUGGCAGGCCGGGGCGAAUGCUGCCAUUCUCCCCUUCCCACUCUUCCAACGCUAUAGCCGCAUGGCCCUGCACUGCGGGGUCAUCUUCUUCCUCGCCGCCGCCUUUUUUAUUCUCCUCUACAAUUUCCCGCUGUAUUUCCAGGCGGUGCGGGGGCGGUCCGCCACCUCGUCGGGCAUCCGCACGGUGCCCCUCGUCCUGGGAUGUGGGUUGUUCUCGGCGCUUUCCGGGGUGUACAUGUCCCUUCGCUUUGGGGUGGGGUGGAUCCCCCUCCUGCUGGGCGGGCUGCUCACCACGGCCGGCACGGGGGCUCUGUGGACGCUGAGUCCCUCCACCCCGGUGGCCACCUGGGCCGGGUUGCAGGUGCUGGUCGGGGCGGGCGUCGGCGUCGCGUGUCAGAUCCCCAUCAUUCUCAACCAAGCGGUCGCCGAUCCGGCGCACCUGUCAUCCGUGACGGCGGUGACUCUGUUCUUUCAGCUGCUGGGUGGGUGUAUCUUCCUGCAGCUCGCGCAGUGUUUGCUCACUAAUCAGGUGGCGACUCACCUGUUACAAGGCGCUCGGAAGGUGGAUUUGACUGCGGUGCUCGAGGCUGGGGCGGCGGGUCUGGCACGGAGAUUUGACGGGGAUACAUUGCCGAUUGUCAUUGAGGCGUAUAUGCUGGGGAUCAAAGCAACCGUGCUGCUAGCCACUGUUUUGGCGGGGCUUGCUACAAUUCUGGCUGCUCUCACU